AUGCGCGUGCACUCGUCCGCCCCCGCCGCCGCUGCCACCCCCGCCGCCCCCACUGCCACCGCCUCCAGUGCCCUCGACGCCGCGGGAGAAGCCCCACCGCCGCCGCCGCCCCCGCGCCCCGCCGGCCCCGUCACCUGCGACGUGUGCGGAAAGACGCUGUCGCACCGCUGCUCGCUGGCGCGCCACAUGCGCACGCACUCGGGCGAGCCGCGGCCGCGGCCGCACCGCUGCGCGGGCUGCGGGGCGUCGUUCGGCACGGCGCCGCAGCUGGCCGACCACGAGCGCCGCCGCCACACGGGCGAGCGGCCGUUCGCGUGCGCGCGCUGCGGCCGGCGCUUCCACUCGCGCGCGCACCUCAAGUACCACGAGCGCGCGCACGACCCCGCGCGCCCCUUCCGCUGCGACUUCUGCCUCAAGGCCAGAUAUGCUAGACAACAGCAAAGUGUUCAAUAUCCAACUACUACUCUUGCUUUAGAUACAGCACACAGACCAUCUCCAGUCGAUUUAAAUGUUAAAGAUAAUCGUUAA